CUUUCUUACAUAUUUUUAUUGAUGACGACAAAUUCUAUACCACUUUCCGAUAUCCAAAAAGCCUUAUGUGCCAUUGAUGAUUGGUUUGAUGAGCAUCGUAGUGAUAUCAGUCCUUUGGAACGACUUGCCUUGGAAGAAGUUUGGAAUGCCUAUUAUGCUGUUACUGAAGCCAGUCAACUUGCUACCGACCAGUUGCUUAAUAAUCUUUCUACAUUAUAUUUGGAAUCCAUACGGCUACAACAAUUCCUUUUUGAUUUGGAACGACGGUAUUCGCAAAAUUCGACCAUGAUAAGCAGUAUUUCUCUAAUGUUGACACAACUAGAAAAUAAUAUUCGACAAUUAGCACCAUCCGAUCAGUUGGAUUUAUUAUUGGAAGCUGCAGAACGUAUCGUAGUAAGUCAUAUCACCACACGUCAGGCGACAAGUCAUUCUAUACCCUCUUCACCAACACCUCGUCCUGAAAAACUUGAACCCACUCUGACCAUCGGUGCGGAACAAUUGAACCGACUUCUCUCUGGAUACGCAUCUUCUGUUGGAGGACUGUCCAAUGAACAACUCGCUCAUGAACUUAUUAUGAAUCCAGACUUUCAAGUACAAAAGGCAACACCAACCAGUGACUUAGAACAACGGAUUGACUCUAUGGCUAGGAAAGCAUUUUUUGAUCAAAUCAAUGAUGAUAUUCAACAUGCUCAUUUGGAACAAUCAUUAUUACCACUUUUACGUGACAUCAAGACCCGACUCUUAUCCUUUGUGUCUGCUACUUCCACGUUUUAUCGCACCAUCGAUGAUACGCUUGAUUUGACCCUGUUCGAACAACAAAUGAAACAUCCUGGAGUAUUUGAUUUAAAAAAGGUCAUUGACUUUGUAUUGGACAUGAUGAGUCAUAUGGCUGCACCUAUUCGAGACGAAGCUAUUCACAAUGUCAAGACAAUGACUGUAGACGAAACGCAUCAUCAAGGUCACCAAUUACGACUGAUCAUGGAAAUCUUAGAUCUUAUGUCAUUGGAUUUGAUGAACUUUCGAUUGAAAUCUUUACGACCUCAUUUAAUCCAAGUAGCUGUGGAAUAUGAACACAAUGCGUUUGCUCAGGCUAUGGCACAUGGAUCGGUUGGCAUUGCAAAAACUCGACAAUGGUUACAACAAGCAUUACAACGAUUGAUCAACAAGAAACAAGAACGACAACAAACAUCAUCAUCAUCAUCAUCAUCGACAAGCAAGGACGAUUGGAUUACGGUGGUGAAUGAAGGAUAUAUUGAAUUAUUGACGGCAACAACAGCUUGGACUCCAUUGACAUGUCCUGAAACGAUCUUAUUGGAUGUAGGACGUAUUGUUGAAUAUCAAAAUGAACUACAACAAGUGACGAUUGUGGCCGCUUUGGCAAUGUUGGCAAGAAAUACUGGUGUCAAAGAUAUCAAGGCUUUUACGAAAAGAGUUUUUUUAUUAUUGAAGGAUCAACAUCAUGAUGGUGGUGAUAGGAUCACAUUGAAUCAUUUGGCCUUAGAAAUGGAACAAGCAAUUAGUUUGACGGAUGUUGUGUUGGAUGAUCAAAGAAAACAAUGGAUUCGUUCUAUGGUGGGAAAAACCUUGGCACAUUCUGAUCCUGUUUAUGGUCUUUUGACUCAAAGAGUGGCUUCAGUCAUUCGGCAUUUUCUUACUUUUGGUAAACACAUGGAUGACUCUGCAUUGAUGCAAUCUGGCUUGGAUCCGAUCCGACCUCAACUUCAAACUCUAUGUACUCGUAUUAGAAUAUUUGCUGAGCACAAUCGCCGUGUCUAUGCUUCUUGGUAUCAACAAUUAAUGGAUAGUUUACAACAACAACAACAACGAGUGUAAUAUGUUUUAUAGUUAGAUUAGUUAGUUUAUACUGUAUAUUUUUAUUUAUUUAUUUAUCUAUUUUAUAAAUACUUCUUGAAUACUAUGAAUAAUAAUAAUAAAAAAAAAGACCCC